AGCCAGCUCUGAGGGAGGUCCCUUUUGCCGUCGGUGGCGGCGUCAUCUCCACGGCCAAUUACGAGGCCAGAAAAUACGGCGUGCGGAGCGCCAUGCCGCUCUUCAUCGCCCGGAAGCUCUGUCCCCAGCUCUUGGUUCGCUCUACGCGCUUCG